UAAUAAAUUAAAUUUCAAUAAAAUAAUAAUAAUGUAUAAUAUUCUGUAAUAUUUAAAUAAAACUUUAUAUUUUGUUUCUAUAAAAUGAAUUAUAAUGAGAAGAUAAUCCAGGGAUUUGCAUCAGUUCUUUGCACAGAUAAACUGAUAUUUCUUGGACUCCUAGGUCCUAACUCAAAGGUGUCAAUUUUUAAGUUUCAAGAUGGCUCUUUUGAUAUUAAAUUCGUUGGAUUCUUAUCGCCUUUAAUAGGCACCGUAACGAAGAUGCUUUUUACCAAAAAUGAUUCUAAACUCAUUUGUAAAACUAAUUGCGGGUAUAUAUAUGUAUGGGAUAUAAGUGAUGAAACUAUUAAUACAUUGGAAUCUCUCACUAAUAACCCACUUUAUAUUGAUGGUUAUAUACCAAUUGACUCAAGAGUUACACCUGUGGCAAUUAUCGAACCUAAUAAUUCAGCAGAUUGUGCUGACGUUGACCUUUUAUACAAUGAUACCCUUAUAGGAGUUGAAAAGUGGCCUGAAUUAAAUAUAAAUCUAUAUGAUUACAGCAGAGGAAACAAGUUAACAACAUUUUCUUCCCUCUUAGGAGAUGAUUUUGACAAAAAAAAGUAUAUUAGAAGCUUAAAAUCUGACAGUCAAUUCUCAACUUUUGAUGGUGUUAAAGGACAAUGGGUAGCGGUUGGGUCUGAUUCAGGUACAUUGCAUUUAUGUUUUUUGCCAGAAUUUGAUAAACCAACUGAACAAAGUGAUAAAAGUGAUGUUUUCAAAGAGCUUAAAGAGAGUCUCAAAAUAUGUUCUUUUAACAUAAUGGAAAAUGUUAACAUAAACACAAUAGGUUGGAGAUUUAGGAAUAAAACUUCAGUUAACCUAACAGUACUAUGUGGAUGCUCAGAUGGAACCCUUAGAUGUUGUAUUCUAAACUCUGAAUCUUCCCAGUUAAAGUUAUCUAAGAAUGUUUCCUACUCAUACGCAAAAGCCUCAAUUUCAGGAACGGUGAAUAGAAUAAUAUGUGUUAGAGAUUCUAAGACGGGAACACCCUUUGUUAUUGGUUCUUGUAAUAUUAUAGGAGAGAUAGGGAACUUUGAGUUCGGAGAUUUAGCCACAAACUGUGUUUUUGAGGGCGUUUACCAGAGACUUGUGCAGGAUGUGUCAGACGACAUCGUCUCAUUCGCAAAAGUACAAGACUUCAUUACUGAUUUGUGCAUCUCUCCACAAAACAACUUUGUAAUCUUAGUAUCCUCUAACGAAAAUGUGUAUCUCUGUCCUGAAAAUACACAAUAUGAGGAGAGAGGGGCUCCCUGGAACAAACCACUCAAACUAAACUGGAAAACUCCAGAAUUCUCCAAAUUUCUCAAUAAUUAA